UCAUAUGAACUACUGAACUGAAACAUCCCCAAACUUCAGUAUUAAGAACAGAUUCAGAUGCUCAUAUUUAACUUCGUAAAUUAAGAGUUUUACUUUCAUUGGUUUUAGAUCUGCCACAAGGUUGAGUCUAACAUGCUCCUCUAGAAAUUUUAUAAUGAUACACCAGUUGGCAGUUUAUUGAGUUUAGUGUUUCUCACCGUGAAAGGUGUGGAUCUGAAUCGGAACUUUGAACGAGGCACAUGCUAUUGUUUUGUUAAUUCGGUUCUGAGAUUAGUAUAGGGGACUUUGAAUAAAAAUAAUACCAGUCGUCUUAUAUAACAAACUUUGCCUGUCAUCGAUGAGCUUCUGAAUCAUUAUUUAUGAAGUUUGUGAUAUGAAAUGAUGAACGUGUUACGAUUAUCAAACUGACAGCCUUGCUCAUUUGUCCUAAUUGUAUUAUCAUAUUGAUUAAAAUAGAAUAUGUAUGAAUUAUUUGCCGACUACCUCAAGCAUUGGCGUCAGCCCAAUCACGUUUACAGUUAAGCUAGAUCAACUCUUAUGCAAUUCUCUCCAUCUGCUAUGUCUAUAUAUUCAUAUUAACUUUGAGGAGAGGUGCACUGCCUCUUCAAUUUACUUCUUGUUUCGUCAAAUACCUAAAGCUCUUUUCUUUAAUUUGCCGAGAGUUCGGCAAAACAUGGCAGAAUUUCUGCUCACUUUUGCUGCCGAGGGAAUACUGACCAAUGUGACUUCGCUUGCUGCUCAAGAAUUCACUCUCGUCUUGGGUUUCAAAGAAGAUGUAGCACAGCUGCGUGACUCUUUCCUCAAGAUCCAAGCCAUGCUACGAGAUGUCGACCAUUCAAAAAAGCAUGGGGAGGCUGUGGAAUUGUGGGUGAAAGAUCUCGAGGGCAUAGCACAGGAAGCUGAUGAUGUUCUGGAUGCAAUCGGGUAUGAAGUUCUCCGACGAAAAGUAGAACUCCAAGACCAGAUGAAGAAGAAGAUGAAAAAUUUCUUCUCCAGCUCCAAUCCAACUGCAUUUCGUUUAAAGAUGGGACACAAAAUCAGGAAAAUCAACUCAGAUUUGGAGAAGUUAUUCCAGCAAGCAGCUGGCCCUAUUGGGUUAGUUGCUAGGACAUUAUCAGAUGCAACCACGCAUGAUGUUGAAGUGCUUGAUAGGGAGACCAUCUCCAGCUUUGAGAGCGAUGAGAAGCUCAUCAUUGGAAGGGAGGGGGUUGUGUCGGACGUAGUCCAAACCUUGAUCAAGUCACACUAUACUGAAGAAAAUUGUCUUCCAGUUCUGGCCAUCGUGGGAAUGCCCGGACUAGGAAAGACAACUCUGGCUAAAUCAAUAUAUCAUAAUUCUGAGAUCGAUAAACACUUCCAUGAGAAAAUAUGGGUGUGUGUAUCCACCCCUUUUGAAGUCAAGACAAUCUUAAGGGGGAUCUUGGAAAUGCUGAAACCAGAGAAAGCUGCAGUACAGAGAAAGGACGCAAUUUGCAAGUUCAUUCGGGAAGAGUUGAAAGAGAAACGAUACCUUCUAGUGCUCGAUGAUGUUUGGAGCGAAGAUCAUGAGAAGUGGAAAGACUUGAGGAAUUGUUUGUUAGCGGCUAAUGAUACUCAAGGAAGCAGCAUCAUUGUCACUACUCGUAGUGAUGAAGUUGCGAAAGUCAUGGAGACCCUCCCAAGGUGUGAUUUGAGAAAAUUAUCAGACGAUGAGUGUUGGCUCAUAUUGAAAGAUAAAGCAGUUGCUGGCCGGAGUGCAUCAAUGUCCAAAGAGCAGGAGACAACAGGGAAAGAGAUUGCUAAAAAGUGUGGAGGUGUACCAUUAGUGGCAAAGGUUUUGGGAGACAUGCUACGCUCUAAAACAAUCGACGAGUGGCGAUCAAUUGUAAGCAGUAAAAUAUGGGAUUCACCAGAAGGAGAAAAGAGAAUCCUAUCAAUAUUGAAGUUGAGUUUUGAUGAACUAAAACCUCCAUCGCUGAAGCAAUGUUUCGCAUACUGCUCCAUGUUUAUCAAAGAUUCUGAUAUUGAAAAGCAGGACUUGAUCCAACUCUGGAUGGCUCAAGGAUGGCUCCAUCCUUGUACCGACAAAAGUCUAGAGAUGGAGGAAAGAGGUAGUGAAUAUUUCAAAAUCUUAUUGGGGAAGUCUUUCUUUCAGGACGUUACAAAGGAUUAUGAUGGUAAUGUUAUCAAAUGUAAGAUGCACGAUCUGGUGCAUGAUCUUGCAGAACAUGUAUCAAAAUCAGAGAGUUUACGCUCAGUCUUUUCAAAUGGAGAAGCCCUUGGGAGCAGCAUAUUUAACUCCAAAUCUUUACGUGUCUUAAAUUUAUGCAAGGCAGAUAUUUUAGAGUUGCCAGCUUCAAUUGGGAAGUUGAAACACUUGAGGUACUUGAAUGUUUUGAAAACAAAAAUCAAAAUAUUUCCCAAGUCAAUUGGUCAGCUUUAUAACUUGCAGACAUUGAAAAUACCCUAUCAGCUUGAAGAGUUCCCAAUUGAAAUUGCAAAUUUGGUCAAUUUAAGGCACAUCUAUUUUGGUAGAUAUAUGAAAGUUCCAAGUGGGAUAUUGGGUCGGUUGACUAAUCUCCGGACAUUACCUUUUAUCAAGGUUGGUAAAGAGACAGGUCCUAAAAUUGAGGAACUAAUUGGUUUAAACCAGUUGCAUGACACCUUGUCUAUUUAUGGAUUGGAAAAUGUAGGAGAUGGAAAAGAAGCUCAAAAAGCAGCAUUGGUCAACAAGAAACAUAUACGAAAGUUAAUCCUUGGAUGGAAGCUUGAUAGGCAGAGCCAUAAUGUGGAGAAUGAUGACCAUUUACUAGAAGGCCUCCAACCUCAUUCUAGUUUGGAAAUUUUAGAGAUUCAGGAAUACAUGGGUGUUAAACUUCCAUCAUGGUUAUUGUUAGCCCACAAUUUGAAGAAGAUUGAACUAUUGGGGUGCAACAAAUGUGAGGGAGUUCCAGCACUUGGGCAUUUACCCAAUCUCAACUGUGUUAAGAUUGAGAGAAUGGAGAAUCUUACUUGUAUAGGGUCUGAGUUUUAUGGUGAUAGCCUCAUUAAUUUUGGAAAUGGAUCAAGUAUGGAGGUGCGGCCCUUGUUCCCUGCUUUGAAAUCAUUGCACAUUGAAGAGGUGCGGAACCUGAUUGAAUGGAUGGAAGCGCCAACAGAGAGAAGAAGUAUGGUGUUUCCUUGCCUUGAGGAGCUGACCUUGAUUCAGUGUAAACGAUUGAAGCAUGCUCCAAGUCAUUUUCCGUCUCUUAAAAAAUUGGUGAUAGAUCACAUGGAUGACGGAGUUAUGCCAAUAGCAUGUAUUCUAAGCAAUCAACUCACCACUCUUACGUCCCUCGGAAUAACGUAUGCCAAGGGACUCACUUCUCUGCCGGAAAAGAUGUUAGAAAAUAACAAGAAGCUUGCACAUUUGAAGAUAAUCGAAUGUCCUGAGCUGACCUGUAUUUCCCAAGGAUCUGAGUACUGCUAUGCAUCUCUUUCAUACUUGGAGAUAUGGCAUUGCUACAAGCUGAGAUACUUACCUGAUGGGAUACUGACAGCUUCUCUAAAAGAGCUGAUCUUGUUUGGUUGUCACGAGCUAGAGUACAUCCCAGAUGCUACCAAGAACGGUGGCUUGACAUCCCUUGAAACAUUGAAGGUGACAAACUGCUAUAAAAUAACUUCCAUUCCAUUUCCACAAGGUCUCCCAUCUCUUGGUGAAUUAGUUAUUGACAACUGUCCCGAAUUAUCAAGCCUGCCGGGUGGACUAGAAUACUGUACCUCUAUUCGGAAUUUGAAAUUUAAGAAGUGCCCCAAGAUACCCUCCAUUUCUAUUGCAAGUCUGAGUACUUCCCUCCAAGAGCUAUGUGUAAGUGGUCUAGAUUCUCUUCCAGUUCCACCAGGAGGCUUCACGUCACUCCGUGAAUUGUCAAUCCAUGGUUUUGAAGGUGCAGAAUUCGGGCCAGAAUUUAGUGCCUUUCUUCAAACCCUCGUCUCUCUUCAAUAUUUGGACAUAAGUUAUUGCAAGAAUCUAGAGAGUAUUCCAAGUUCAGAGAAGCUUUUAUCCCUCCGCAGCUUGCACAUUUCUAAUUGUGAUAAAUUAACACGUCUACCGGAUGGGUUAGCAGCAUUGUCACAGUCCUGCAGCUUCACCCAUUUGAAGAAAUUGUCAAUUGGUGGUUUUACGGAGCUCGAUGCAUUCCCAGCUUUUCAAGCUAUACCACAGCUUGAAUCUUUACAAAUCGUCGGGUGGGGAAGGCUCACGUCUUUCCCUGAACAAAUUCAACACUUUCUCGGUUUAAGAGAUUUGGAUAUAAUAUUUUGUGGGGGAGUGGAAGCGAUCCCAGAGUGGUUGGGAAACCUUGCAUCUCUCGAGUACCUGAGUAUACGAUGUAGCAAUGGUAUAAAGUAUCUACCUUCUGCUGAAGCUAUGCGACGGCUCACCAAAUUGAACAAGCUAGUCAUCUACUACUGUUUCUCUCUAGCAGAAAAUUGCAGGGAGGAGAGCGGCCCAGAGUGGCCCAAGAUUCGUCAUAUUCCAUACCUCACAAUUGAAGGUACAUAUAUCGAGAAUUGACCAACAGAGAGCAGCAAAUUCCUAAUUGCUCAGAAGGCUGAUAUCGAUGCAAAUAGUAAAAAGGAAGCAUGGAAGAUCCAUUCAGUACGUUGGUUUUUCAUGAUCCAUGAUUUCCUGUACGAGGCUUUUCGAAACACCAGAUGAGGAGUUGUUGAGUUGUCUAAAACGGUAGUGCCAUCUCCAAAUUCAGUUUGUUCUCUGAAUUGUACUCCAAUUCCUCCAAACCACUGGUGUACUUGUAACAUCAUAUCACCCAACUCUUUUUUCAAUAGAGGAAUUAUUUAUAGCGGAAGCUGUUGCAUGGAAUACCUCUUGACAGAUUGCAGUGUGAAGCUCUUUACUUGCUGGACAAGGUUUCUUUCUCUUCCGAAAAUUGCUGAAAUGUAUACCUUGCCAGAUGCUCUGUUGUAUUUGUGAUCAAAGCUGUCAUGUGCCCAUAAACUCAUUUGGAGCUGGCAAAAGCGUUCUCAGAGCCAAAAGAAAUAUUCAGAGAUGAAUUUUGAAAGAGAUUUUACAGCUAUCUUCGUUGACACGCACAAUUGAAGGCUUGUUCUUGCGGAGGUUUUGCUUGCAUGCAUUUACGCUAUAAGCACUAUGCAGUCCCUCAAGUUCGUUAACUUCCACCAAGGCAAGCAUUACUAGCUUGGAAAGAGAUGAACUGAUAAUUCAUUAUGGCUUUCACUAUACAGCAACUGACGAUUUUCUCCCUUUUAUUUUCAAUAUUGGGGAUUUAGUUUCUCCAACGCAACUGGUAGCCAUGAAAGGCAUCAAAUCUUAGAUCUUUGAAUGAUUAAUAAGAAAACAAUCUAAUAAGAUGAAGCCAGUGAACUUUUGAGUCUCAAAUGGUGUUGGUGCCUGCCAAGCUGUGAUGUUUCACUGGAGCUGGGGAUGCCAUUGUUCUUUCAAGUUGUUUACAAUUUCUGCUUCGCGGGUCCUUAUGCAGUGUUCUGCUCAUGUUGAUCGAACAACCUGUCAGGAGUUGAUACAUGGCAAAUAUGGUCCACGUCAGCUCGGAAAGAGGCCUCACUUUCACCCGUGAUGAGCCUCGGAGCUGCUCGCACAUUCAAUUUCCUUAGCCUUUUUACUUCGUGGUUGAUCUUUUAUAGCUAAAUCAUUAUUUAGUGUAAAUGUGUAAUUGACCAUUUAUUUCCUUCAUAGUGAAACCACUAGCAAACAACCGUGACGUAGCCUUAAACUCUACUAUGAGUUUUUGGUGAACACGUAAAUCUGU